AUGGACGCUGCAUUGAACUUUAUAUUUUCAUCUGAUGAUGACUCUGAGCCGGAUGAAAAUAACAAUCCAAUCGAGGAACAAUUACCAAUACAGGUUUUAGACCAUGGUGGUCAAAAUUAUUUUAACAUUUUAACCGAUAAACAGUUUAUAGAUCGUUUUCGUUUCGACAAAAAUACAACACUCCAGUUGUUCAAUCGUCUCAAUCAUCAUUUUGAAUUAUUUACAGAAAGAAAUGAUGCAGUUCCUCCAAUGACACAAUUACUAUUGUUGUUACGAUUUUGUGCUACUGGAAGUUUUAUAAUUACUGUGGGUGAUUUUUUUGGAAUAACUAAAAGUUGUGCACACAAAAUAAUAGACAGUCUUCUUGAAAUGAUUGCAAGUCUAAGUGAUGAAUUUAUACAUUUCCCUUCAACUCCAGUUGAAAUUCUGCAAAACCAAGUUGAGUUUUAUCAAACAGCCGGAUUCAUCAGGGUCGUAGGCUGUAUUGAUUGCAAGCAUGUAAAAGUUGAAUCAUUCGGUGGUGAUGAUGCUGAAAUUUUUCGAAAUCGAAAAGGACACUUUUCUAUUAAUGUUCAAUUUGGAAAUGCAUUACUACUUGGUGACUCAGGCUACCCAAAUCUGUCUUAUUUAUUGACACCACUACAAGAUCCACAAAGACCGGCAGAGCAACUUUACAACGAAUCACAAAUCCGAACCCGAAACACGAUUGAACGCACCUUUGGUGUUUGGUCGAGAAAAUUUGCUAUAAUUCAAGGCACAAGAUUUAGAAAAAUUGAAAAAACAUUAACUUGUAUUAUUGCUGCUGCAGUUUUAUAUAAUAUUUCGCGACAAGGAAAACCACUACCAAUUAGAAAUGUCUCUGUUCAGGAAUAUCUCCAAAUUCCUGAGGUAGCAAACCCUGUAAUUGAGUACGAUGGUCGUGGCAUCGUUAUUGCUAUUUUUGAUUAUAGAAUAGAUCCUGGUGCUGUGGUGAUAAGUGAUGGCAAACCGAACAUUUAA